AGCCCUUGUACUAAUACUUUGCUCUCCUAUAGAAUGGUUCUAGCUCCUUAGGGAGGCACUGGGGGAACAGUGGAUGUUGAUAUUUAAUAUCUGUUUAGAGGGAAUAUUGUUUAGAGGGAACAUUUUCUAUAACUUCACAUCUCUGGGGGCUGGGCAGACACUCGGUGGUGGCUGCCAGUGGUCCCAUCAUGGGACUGCUGGGGAGGGCAGCAACCUCUUGUUUCUUCAGGCACCAUCCACAUUCAUCUCAGUAUUGCUCCCUGUGAUGUGCACAUCGAGGUGCCUUAAAAUCCAACUCUAGGACAGUCUGGAGAAAAGGAGUUGUGGAAAGAAUCCAACUGAAGAGAAAAUCCAAAUCGCUGAGGAAAAAGAUGCAGAUUGGAUCUCCAGUGCCCCAAGCUGCAACGAAAGGAAGAAGAGCCUAUAUACGAGGACAUGGCAACCGAGGGACCAUCGGAGGAUAGUGAUGUCGAGAACCAACCAAUAGACCCCGAGUCAUGGAAAGAUGGCGACGUUGUUACGAUAACCAAGCCGAGUCUGUACAAGAUUACUGCUCUGGUGUGUGACAAGUGGUCAACAGGUUGCUGAAACCAUGAUUGACGAAGCCCUCGCCGGUGGUGAUUUAGAAACAAACAACACAAACAGAGUGUGCAGCUACUGGUUGUCAACUGUAGAACCAAAAGAACCUGAUGAGGAAGGUACCACAGGGCCCGACGGUGCAUCAGCUGGGGAUGAUAAUGAUGAUGAUUCAGAAUCAGACAAAGGUACAAUUGAAACAUCUUCAGAGGAUGAAGAGGAUAAAGAGAGGUGACCUUUGAGCAGAAUAGCCGUGAUAUGCACCUGUUGUUUUUGCGUGAAGCAAGAUUUAAAAAAAGAGUCUGUAAAAAGUGGCUUGUGACCUUUAUUAGAAAUCUGCUCAUCACUCUGACAUGUUGGAUUUGUAAGAGAACACAGCUUCUCACCAUCUGAUAACCUGCAGAUAAUUAAAAAUGAGCAGCGGUUGCUCUAACUCAAGUAUUUGCCAACAACAGGCCCAGUAUCAUUAACCACCUCAUCCUGAUACACCAUACAUUAUGGUUCACAUCAAUCUAUUGAAAAAAUUAAUGUGUGGAAUCUUGUUGCUUGUGGUUCUGACUAUUUGUUUGUGGAGGGAAACAAGAAAAGGCUACUACAUUCCCUUCAAAACAGAAAGCAAAAGUUUUCAGAUUCCCAGAGCUCUGGGAAAAGGAGAUGUACUUACAACCCAUCUUCUUUCAAGCAAAGCUGUCAACGAGAAGGGCCAGUUAUCUGCUGCUUUGCCGGUCAAACUGAAUAAAGUAAAGGGCAUCAUCUCUUCAACCCCUCCAGGAAAUAAUGCAGUGGCAAAGUCCAAGAAAUCAUUGCUCUCUGUGAAUGUCUGGAAUGAGGACAAUUCAUCAAAGAAUCUCAUACCCAGGCUGCAAAAGGUCAAAAACAAUUACCUGGCCAUGAACAAGUACAAUGUGACUUACAAAGGGCAAAGGAAUACUGCCAAACUCAGUCCAGAGAAACUGCUGUGCCAGCUCCGGGACAGAGUGAAUGUGACAAUGAUCCAUGGGUCAGACGGUCCGUUCAAUACCUCUGAAUGGCAGAUGUAUCUACCAAGAAAAAACCUCAGCCAAGAAGUCGGCCACUUCCGUCAAUGCGCUGUCGUGUCUUCAGCAGGAUCUCUGAAGUUCUCGCAUCUGGGACCAGAGAUAGACAGCCACGAUGCAGUUUUGAGAUUUAAUGGGGCUCCUACCAUAGGGUUUCAGAAUGAUGUAGGAGAAAAGACAACAGUUCGCCUUGUUAAUUCCCAGCUUGUAACUGUGGAAGAACAGAAGUUCCUUACAGAUACAUUGUACAAUACUGGAAUCUUAAUUGUCUGGGAUCCAGCACCUUAUCAUGCCGAAAUUCAUGAGUGGUACAGAAAACCAGACUACAGCUUCUUUGUAAACUACAAGGCGUAUCGGACUAGACAUCCGGAACAGCCCUUUUAUAUCCUGAACCCAAAAAUGCAGUGGCAACUCUGGGAUAUUCUGCAAGAGAACUCGCUGGAGGACAUUCAGCCCAAUCCACCUUCUUCUGGAAUGCUUGGCAUUGUGAUCAUGAUGACCCUCUGUGAUGAAGUGAAUGUUUAUGAAUUCCUCCCUUCCAAACGACAGACAGACAUCUGCCACUAUUACCAGAGAUACCACGACCGCGCCUGCACCAUGGGUGCUUACCACCCACUGCUAUUUGAGAAAAACUUGGUGAAGCACAUUAACCAAGGCCAAAAUGAGUUAAUUUACACCCAUGGGAAAGUGACUUUGCCCGGUUUCAGAAACAUGCACUGUUAGCAAUUCAACUUCUACUGUGCAUAGAUACUUCUGUUGAUUUUCAAGACACUUUUAGAAGGCUAUUGUUGAGAUUGUUAGGGCUAAAGAUUGAUGUGCCCUUACAGUUCUUCCAUAAUUCACCCCUUACAUUAAGGAUUCCUGUGAUGCAACUUCUCCGAUCUGUACAAUAGCAGAAAUCAUUACACAUCCUCCACAAUUAUCCAAUAUCUAUUGUGUGAGAGAUUAGUGGGUCUGAGGGGCUGAGUACCUUCAGCUGCAGUUGGCCACCUGAGUUGGUAUCUAUGCAGUGUAAACCAACAUAUUGCUGGCGUCACUCCGCUGAACUCAGUGGAAUUAUGCCAGCAGAAUAUUUGGCCCAUUUUAAAAAAGAAUGGCUAAAAAUAAUCCCAUAGUUCUAGAAUCUUUAAAGACAGGCCUACGAUUAUGGACCCACUGUGAAGGUUGCCUGUUAAGACAGGCAGUAGUUCAACAAGUUAAAAUCUAUUACUCGAAUUAUAGUCCUAACGACCUCAAGAAACAGUCCUUUAUAUUCUGGAAUUGUGAUGGCGAUUCUGCCAAAUCAAGGAGGAAUUGUUCAGUGUCGAUUUGUUUUGGAAUUUUUACCUUUGUAAAAAUUAUGAUGUUCAGUGAAUUGCUAAAUUGAAUUUAAAUGUCUAGUGACCACUCAGUCAUGUUUGUUCAAUGUAGCAUCCUGUUAGGGACACAGGAUAUAUUAAUUCCAAAUCAUUUUGGGGAAGACUUUUGAAAGGCAUAAAUGGCAGUUUGCAAUGGUAAUGGGGGUUGGUGCCUAGUUGCCAUUGGACACUGUGGAAGUCUCCCCAUUAGUAAUUUAGGACAAUAAUGCUACAUAGUCACAAGCAACUAAAUAAGCCAUGGGGCUACUAGCCAGCCACAGACCAGAUCUAGGUUUCAUCAGCUAUCCAAGUUGACCUCUGUUAGCUAUUCCUGACAUUUAGAUAAUCUCUCUCACACACACACACAUACACUCUUUCCAAGUGCACAGAGAAUGAGCACAUUACGCUAUCUCUUGAAAUAGCAGCUGGGAAGGGGGAGCUGCACUCUGCUCUUCAAGCCAGUGCAAAAGGGAGGUGGGCAGAGCUUUGACUCCUUCCUGCCCCCUUGAUGUGAUUUUUGUCCCCAGAGUUCAUGAAAGGAGUAGUUUUUUUGAUUUCCCCUAGUCAUAGUUUUCCUUUGGUCUGAGCAGAGGGACACCUUGGUUUGUCUCCAUUCCCUCUGUUCACCUAUUCCAGAUCCACUAUCCCUUUUCUCAUGGUUCAGAUUCAUAGGAUCUUCGCUUCCAAGCUGAAGCCACCGGGUCACACUCUUCUGUUGCGUACAGUGGUGUAACCCUACUCAGGUCUGUGGCAUUGUGCCAGUGUAACCAUGGCUGGAACACCGGAUAGGAAGUACAAAUGCUCAACGAUGAUGUGCUGUUUCGUGAUCCUACCUAUAUAUACGUCAAAAUUGGAAUUAUUUAACUUUCCGUCGGUGAUGCCAUAUAUCUGGUUUUGAGUGAUAUGGGUUUUAAUGACUUUAGGUGCAGGAAGUAGAUGCUAAUUUUGCUGUCCAUAAUAUGCAUCCUUGUGGCAGGAAAACAGUUGCACAGCAACAGACUUUGUCCCCAUUGUGAAGAAUUCUGCCUUCUGUUAAACUUGUAUGUCCCACUGGAUUCAUGGGAGAGCUUGGUCACCAUUGAUCUGGAUCUACAGAGGAACCCUUUCAUCCCAUAUGAAGACCAGUUGAUUUUAGUAGGGCUCUGUGCAGAACCAGUUGUGAGAUCAGGGCUUAACUGAAUAAAGUACUAGUGAGAAAAUUUGCAUAAUGGUACUUGUAAAAUGAGAAUUCCUACUGCUUUUAAUAAAACCUUGUGCACAUCAUAG